AUGCUUGUUAAUUAAUCAUCUAAAGUUAAUAAAGAGAACCAAAACCCACUAUUGAUUGUUAAUUAAUAAGAAUAACUCAAGUUGAAUGGUGUAUUGCCUAAAAAUCAGUUUAACCAAGGAAUCACAAAUAGAUUUUAAAGCACUGUUUCUUGUUAUUAACAAUCAUUAACAAAGUGCACUAGUUCAAGAUCGUUAUAAGAAUAAAUCGAAAGAAUUGCUAAGAAACUUAAAUAAAAAUAGGAAAAAGAGAUUGUUCAACAACCUAUAGAUUUAAAUAAAUAUUCAAUAGAUGAAAUGGUUGACAUUCUUAAAAACGAUAAGCUAUUGCAUAUUAGAUCCUUGCAACUUUAACCCAGCUCGAGCAAGAACAAAUAAAAAAGUCCCAAGAAUAUCUUUCCACCCUUAUAGUUGAAAUAGAAUUUUCAGAGUUUUGAAACUACUAAAAGCUCUGAGAAUGAGACCAUUAACCACAAAUUAGACAUGAAAUCUCAUUACACUUAACUGUCGAAGCCAAAAACAAUUUAAAAAACUGAAAGUCGAGACAGCAUUAGACCUACUGAAGAUUCAAGGAAAAAGAGAACUGUCUCCUAAGUUAUUGAACCUCCUACAUAAACAUUAACUAAAAAAGAAAGAAUAUAAAAAGCUUUACAAAAUUCAUAAAGAAUAGUAUAAUUGUGUAAUUAGUUUAAUAAAAAUAAUAUAUCAAAUGAGGAAUUGCAUGAAUUAAUUAAAACUGAAGGAUUUAAAUUGCAAUUCGAAUGUUUAGUUUAAUUUAGUGAUAAUAGCUUAGAUUGCAGAACUCAAUUAUAAAACUUUAUGAAUUAAUAAAUUAAGAAAUACACUGAAUUAAGAAAAUGCUGA